GAGUGCCUUUUUUUCGGGGGUGAAAAAGGACAUUUGAUCCAGGAGGCUAUCAGAGAGGAGACAGCUCAAGGUGAACAAAACGUUUAAGGAAUAUAGCUAAAUUGAACAGGAAGCAUGGGUGAUAUUGCUAAGGGAAAGAAAGCAUUUGUCCAGAAAUGUGCCCAGUGUCAUACUGUUGAAAAUGGAGGAAAGCACAAGGUCGGUCCAAACCUUUGGGGUCUGUUCGGACGCAAGACUGGACAAGCUGAAGGCUAUUCCUACACAGAUGCCAACAAAUCCAAAGGCAUUGUCUGGGAAACCGAUACCCUCAUGACGUACUUGGAGAACCCCAAGAAAUACAUUCCUGGAACAAAGAUGAUAUUUGCUGGUAUCAAGAAGAAGGGCGAGCGUGCAGAUCUUAUAGCAUAUUUGAAGUCGGCAACUUCGUAGACUACUGUCUAUGCUUUAUUCAAUGUAUAGUCUUCCCUUUCUGUAUCUUAUAUAAAUAUCAUCAAGUGUUCAGAGGAGAAGGGGGAUGGCUCUUUCAAGGAGCUAAGACUCUUAUUCUUAGAAUUUUAACAGUUAUACAUUGUCUGUUGCCAGACUAAUGUUGCAAUUAUUUUAAUAGCCUGCUUGACAUAACUGCUGGGACUCUGAAUGGUGUUUGCAUGAUCAGUUGCCAUAUUUAUCACAGCGUUAUCUGUCUUUGAUAUUUUCCUCAAUUUUCAUGACAUAAAUGAUAUCCCCUGGUUUAACAGGCUCUAGUAUACAUCAUAAAUUAUUGAACCAUAGACUGUAACUAUUCCAUAAUUUAUUGGGUCAAAAACUGUGUAUAAUAUUUGUUUCACAAAAAAAGUUUAACCUAAUUGUAUAUGUACUGGUUUUAGUACUUGCUAAUAGAAACGGUCAAUCAGAUUUGGAAUUCAUUUGAAAGGGUCACCUUGAAAGUAAUGUCUCUACUACAUACCAUGGUAAUGUCUUAUGUAGCCAAUACCUCAUAUGGUUGUAUUUGAGUUUGUUAAUUGAAUAAAUUACAUGCUAAACAAGUA